AUUUAUCAUUAGCUUUCACCUUCUGGAGUCUCUGAACCGCCGCCGCCCCGCCGCUGCCGCUCCGAACAUCACAUGCCAGCAGAAAGAGGCUUUGGAGAUGGAUGAGGAACCGAUCAAAAGUAGCAGCAGUAGUCGUAGUAAUGGACAUGAUGAGGUAAAAAAGGUUUUGGAGGAGCUUAUCCGCAAGGAUGAUGAAGGGGGUUUUGUCUCUUUCAUCCGGAGCUAUUCCGAGAAUCGCGGUUUCAGGGCUAUUGAGCAGCAUUAUGAUGACUUAAUGAUGUGGAUUUGUUCUUAUUCUGCGCGACGUUGUGCCACUGCACUACUGAAAGGAGAGACUGGACUUGCUGUUGAUCUUAAUGUGCCACUGAGAAAUGGAUGUUAUCCGUUGCACCUUGCGGCCGAAAACUUAUGCUCUGGCCUUAUGUAUUUAUUUCUGCAUCAUGGAGCUCACACUGAUCUGCAAUGUGGUGAUAAAGACUCAAAGUAUUUCAGAAUGCUUCCGUUAAGUGUUGCGCUCGAGGCAUUGCGUUAUCACAAAUAUCUGAGUGAUUGGAAUCCUUCCAUUUCCGUUUUUAAGUUGAUAUAUUGUCUUUGCUUCCGAGAAUUACAAGAACCAUUGAAGACAGUGAAAAUACUUUCUGAGAAAACACAAGAGCUGGAGAACAUAAGUUUUUCCUUAGUCCGAGAGGGGAAGCUAGUGGAGCUUGCCGGGCUGUUGUUUGUGGCCUGGAACAAGCUGCUUGCCCCUCCCAGUGACGACAAUGUAGAUUGUUCUGCCAUUGGGCAGUGCGUUAUGGAAAGUUUAGCUUCACUAAUUGAUCAAGAGUAUAAACUUGUUAACACUGGCAGAAAUGAAGCGCUCUUUCGUGUUGGGAUGAAAGCUAGGGACAAAGAAGAACUCCUUUGCUCCAUUGAUCAGGUGCUCCUCUCAAGGCAACGGCAAAUAUCUUCAACAUCUUUCGAUGGGAGCAGGAAACAAAAAGAUCUGGUUUCUAAAGACCUUGCAAGUAAUCACCUUCUUCAGGCUCCUUCGUCAAGAGCAUUUCACACCUGUCAGAUUCCGAGGUCUCUAUCAAUCCCCAAGCUCUAUGAUCUGUCUGAAGCUCACCAUCGUAUGAAUAAUAUAACCAGCAAGCAACCAAAUGUUCUUUCUGCUAUGCGGUGGGCGUAUUAUGGUUUGACCUUGAUGAGAUUAUGGAGAAAAUGA